AGUAGUUAAGAAGGACAACCACAAAAACCAAGAUUUUUAUAUCUACAUUCAAUCUCUUAUCAUCAUCAUCUUCAUAACCCAAAAAAACACAAACCCUUUUCCUCUCUCUUAACUAAAGCCUCUUCUUCUUUUCCCCCUCUAAUAAAGAUGCUUCUUUUUUUGCCCCUAAAUCUAAUCAUCAACUCUUAAGAGCAAAACAGAAAAGAUAACAAAGCACUAGAUGUUUUGUUUCAGCCAUGGACUUAACCAACAACAACACAACAACAACUACUAUAUCAUCAGCUGUCAAAACCCCAGAAUUAGCUGAAACUGAAACCCCAACUCAGAUCCAAAAACUGAAACCUUUCCCUUUCAGUAAUGGUGUCCUUAAACUCAAAAAUCACCCUUCUCUUCACCAUCACCAACAUCAUCACCAUCCAGUCGUAAUUAUUUACAAAGAAUGUCUUAAGAACCAUGCUGCUAGCAUAGGUGGUCAUGCUGUUGAUGGUUGUGGUGAAUUUAUGCCUUCACCCUCAGCUAACCCAACUGAUCCGACAUCCUUAAAAUGCGCCGCGUGUGGAUGUCACCGCAAUUUCCACCGCCGUGAACCGGAUGAACCGCUUGUUGUGGUCCCUCCACCACCCAUCGCCACGUCCGCACUUGAAUACCGACCCCACCACCGCCACCACCCACCCCCACCACGUGGGGACCACAGUAGCCCUAAUUCACCAUCUCCACCGCCCAUUUCAUCAGCUUAUUAUCCUGCUUCUGCACCACAUAUGCUCUUAGCAUUAAGUGCUGGCUUUGACAAAAACCCGAACCCGAGUUCAGCUCCGGUGGUUACUAAUUCUAAUGGAAGGAAGCGUUUUAGAACAAAGUUCACACCAGAUCAGAAGGUGAAAAUGUUGGAAUUUGCUGAGAGAGUUGAGUGGAAAAUGCAGAAGAGAGAUGAAGAUCUGGUUAACAAUUUCUGUAAAGAAAUUGGAGUUGAAAAGGGUGUUUUGAAAGUAUGGAUGCAUAAUAACAAGAACACUUUUGGGAAGAAAUUAGAUCAAGACGACAACAACAAUGGUAACACUAACAACAACGUUAAUGGGUUUUGCAUUGUUAGUAGAAAUAACACUGACUCGGAAUUUCAACUUCACCAAGAAAGCAGCAAUGUUGAGGACAAAAAAGAUAAUUCAAGUUUUGGUGCUAAUGUUGUUGCUACUAAUGGGUCUUCUACGUCAUCUUGAUUUAAUUAGAUGGAAGGCUGGAAAAUGGAGAAAUAAAGUUUUUUUUUUUUUUUUUUUAAUUAGAAUCAGAAUUAGUGAAAGGAAGAGAAAAGCUUUGAGGCUGUAAUAUUAGUCACGUUUAUUUGUAUUUUAGACCAGUUUUUCUUUGUUCGUAAAGAUUAGUACUCAGCUUGUUGAUGAUAACAAUUGAAAUUAGGAUCGUUCCAAUCAGCAAUUUAAUUUGUUAAUUUUUCGUUUUA